CGGGUAGAGGGAAGAUUUGGGGGCCAGGAGCCGGCGGAAAGUGGGAGUGGAGGAGGCGGCCUGAGCAGCUAAGUCUUAUCCGGACAGACAUCAAAUUUGAGGCGAGGGCAAGCCAGGCCGGGUUAUACCGGCGGAAAAUGACAUCAAGACGUGUGACUGCGGAAUAAAUUAAACUCCGAGACCAACCCCUGCUCAACACCAUCCCUGAUGGCGAAUGUGAAAGUGGCCGUGAGGGUCCGACCUCUGAGCAAGAGAGAAAAAGCGGAAGGAUCAAGUAUAAUUGUGCAUGUGGAUGACAAGACAGCCAGCAUCAGAAAUAUGAAGCUGGAUUCCCGGUUUGAUAGUCCUGGGAAUACAAGGGAGCGGAAUAUAGAGUUCACCUUUGAUUACUGUUACUGGUCAGUGGAUUCUGACUCUUCCACCUAUGCGCCUCAAGAACUGGUGUACCAGGAUCUUGGCACAUCAGUCCUGUCGGGAGCCAUCGAGGGUUACAAUGUCUGUCUGUUUGCCUAUGGACAGACUGGCUCAGGAAAAACAUACACAAUGAUGGGGACACCUGCAUCUAUUGGGCUGACACCAAGGAUAUGCAAGGGACUCUUUUCCAGGGUUGAUGACUACCAAGAAAAGCCACCAUCAUGCAGAGUAGAAGUUAGCUUUCUGGAAAUUUAUAACGAACGUGUCCGGGAUCUUCUGAAGCGUUGCGAUGGAAACAAGCCCUACACACUUCGUGUGCGUGAACACCCUGAUAAGGGCCCCUAUGUGCAAGGAUUAUCUCAGCACUUGGUUUCAGACUACAAGCAACUUGUAGAGCUUUUGGAGGAAGGAAUUUCAAACAGAAUCACUGCUGCAACACACAUUCAUGAUGCCAGCAGCCGAUCCCAUGCCAUCUUUACCAUCCAUUACACUCAGGCGACAUUGGAGAAUCAUCUUCCAUCAGAGAUAGUUAGCAAAAUCAACCUUGUUGAUUUGGCAGGCAGCAUAGAUACAGAUCCUUCUGAGGUCUACAUCAAGACCCUCAACAUAUAUGGUGACAGCAGACCUGAGAGAGCAGAUCCAAAUUUCUGCAGAGAUAGGAUCACAGAAGGAUCAAACAUUAACAAAUCACUGGUUACUCUGGGAAUAGUCAUUUCCACUUUAGCACAAAAUUCCCAGAUGUCCAGCAGCUGCCAGAGUAUAAAUAGUGUAGUGAGUGAAGGAGAUGCUGGAAACCAUUCUAGUGCAUAUUCAGGGAGCAGCAGACGCCAGUGUUAUGUUCCUUACCGUGAUUCUGUCCUCACCUGGCUUCUCAAGGACAGCCUCGGAGGAAAUUCUAAAACCAUCAUGAUUGCAACAAUCUCACCUGCAAGCACAAGUUAUAGUGAAACCAUCAGCACCUUAAGAUAUGCAGCACAUGCAAAGAAUAUUAUCAAUAAACCCCGUGUGAAUGAGGAUGCUAAUGUAAAGUUAAUUAGAGAACUGCGUGAGGAGAUUGACCGAUUAAAAGCCAUGCUCAUGAGUUUUGAAUUGCAAAACUCCAAUCCUUCUUUAAGUGAUGAGAAAGAUGGAAGCCUAACAGAAAUGCUACUUCAAAAUGAACUCAAGGUGGACCAGCUUACCAAAGAUUGGACAGACCGAUGGAAAGACACAAAAGCAAUCAUGGAGGAAUACUACGUGGACAUAAACAGAGGGAAAGCAGGAGUGAUUGUUGCCUUCCAGUUACCUCAUUUAAUAGCAAUGGAUGAGGAUAUAUUAAGUACAGGUGUUGCUCUCUACCAUCUCAGGGAAGGAACAACAAAGAUUGGUGGAAUUGACGCUGAGACAGACCAAGACAUUGUUCUGCGGGGUCCUUGGGUGGAGACAGAGCACUGUGUCAUUCAUAAUGACAAUGGCGUAGUGACACUUGAACCAAUUGGAGGGUCACAGUGCACUGUUAAUGAACUGGACAUAACCCAUUCAUAUCGUUUGUCUCAAGGUGCUGUUAUAGUAUUAGGAAAGGUGCACAAAUUCAGGUUUAACCAUCCAACUGAAGCUGCAAAGUUGAGACAAAGGAGAGCUAGUAGCAGUAUGUCUCUGGCAAGCAGUGGCUCCUGUGAGUGGCUGGAUUUGGAUGGAGAAUUCAACUUUUCCCCUCCUUAUGUUUUAUCUCCUCUCAUGCAAGCAAGCUUGGAACGUGACAAAGACAAGGAUGAAGAAAUGGAGCUGAAUGAAACCAGGAGGCAGCUGGUGGAACUUCAGGAGCGAUAUCAGAACAAACAGCUGGAGCAUGAAGAGUACAAGCAAAAGCUGAAGGGAUUGGAAGUGUUUUACCAAGAAGAGAUACAGCAGCAGCAAUGCUACAUUGAGGAGCUACGCCAGCACAUCCAAGCAGCCCAGUCACAGGCAGAACAAGAGCUUGAACAUGAUCAGGAACAGCUCAAACAACAAACUGAGCAAAACCAGCAAUGCCUAGAGAAUGAAGAGAAACGCUUAGUAUCCCUGGAGCAGCACCGACAAGAGUUGGGGAUACAGACAGACACUGCAUCAUUUACUGAGUGCGGGGUACAAAUCACACCACGAACCGAGGAAAUUUCUACGAUCGAGCAGGAUAGGAAGCGACUGGUGCAGCUGGAAUUGCUGCAGAAACACUCAAUGAGGAAUGCCGAGCGAAAUAUCAGCAAGAAAAGAGUCAAGUACCAGCUGGAGAGAAUUGCUGGGAAGCACAAGCUUUUGGAAGCAAAAACAAACCUGCAACACCUGGAGGCUGCAAGUUUACUCAGCAAGGAUCAAGUCAAGCAACCAAUUGUAGACAAAAUGAGCACGUUACAAGCCAGUUCAAAUCCAAAACUGACUAACUGGAACAAAACAUUUCCUCCACACACAUUGCCAGCAAAAAAACAUUCAUCAUCUGUUCCUUUACUAGCUAGGAGGCAUUCAGAUUCAAAUGACCUGGUAUCACGCCUGUACCCACAGUAUGUCCCAGUUUAUAGUGAUUUCCUAAAAAGAAAGAACCCAGCUACCUCACCUCAAACAAUGAAAAAGCACAAUUCAGCACAGAAGUCUCGCUCAGUGGGAUCUCUGCAACAAGUGGGAUUGUCCAUUAUAAAGAAUCAAGCUUUAAAACGAGGGAGUGAGAGCGAUUCACCUGUAUGGGGCCAAUUACAUAAGAAACAAAAGGCUGUAGAGCAUGAGGAAGUCUCAGAGACCCAAGCCUUAAAACAAUCAACUGAAGGCAGUAAUUUCACUAGCAAAGAGCAACCUAAAAUGGAUGGCACAAGCAGCCUACAGCCAGAAGUCCAACAAUUAAUCAGUAAUGUACCUGAAAGUAAAAAUUCUUCAGGCUGUUUGCCCUCCGAGACCAGGACACUUGAAUCUGAUUUAAUGGCAAGCUCGUUGGAUGUCCAAACUAACACAAAUAACCUACUUAAACUAACUGAUGAAGACAUGAGGCAGGAUUUAACACGCAAGUAUUUGUUCGUGAAUGCUGGCAAGAAGUUAUCACCUUCCAGGGUUUGUAAAAAGCCACCAUGUAGACGACUGAGCAGAGCCAAAAGGGUCUGCAAGGAGAGUGCCUCAGAAACGUCUUCCCCAAGCCAGGGCCAGCUUUCCAUCAAGAGCGCUUCUUCAAUGGUCAAUCUCAGUGUACUUUGGGAACCAGUGCCUCACCCUGGCAAGACGAGGAAGUGGCACAGUGACAAAAUACUAAAUGCUGACACCACAGUUGCUAGUGAUUCACUAAGGGGCUGGUUAGGAGGGGAGGGAAUGUCAGAUGGUGAAAGUUUGUAUUCUGUGGACUCUCUCUCUUCUGCAUAUGCAAACGCUUUAACAGAGCAGUUACAGGAGGAAGAGUUGGAGGGACAGCGAUGCAAAUGGCAUGAGGAUUGUAGCGAAAGUGAUGACAGUCAGAUGUCCCAGGAUUCACUAGUGGACAAGGACCCAAAACUAGCUGGCAUACUGAAUGCUAGUAAACACAAUGCCCAUGUUUGCUUUUCUUACAAUAAGGUAGCAAGGCACAAACUUGCAAAUAGAGGAAGAAGUAUUUCUCUGGACAGCUUAGCUGAUAUGGAAUGGCCAGGUGACAUUUUCAGAUUGGAUUCAGCUGAAUCAACAGCAUCAGAUGAAAUGCCUGCUGAAGUAUACUGGAACCUACCUUGGUCUGAAGGUGAUGAAAACGAAACCAGCCAGCCACCUGAAGUAUUAAAGGAUAAAAAAGAGGGUAGUGAAAGACAACAUUUCUAUUUGAGCAGUAACACAGAGUUGAGGGCUAUGGACAUGGAAAAAAGUAUACAGUUGGAAACUCUGGAGCCUAAUAAAAAUGAUAUGGAUUCUCUGAUCAUGACAGAUGCUGGGUCAUCAUGUGAGUCUAGUAACAGGAGUAAUUUGAAGGUAGAUUCACCUAGUGGUACUCCUGUUCUGGCAAUCUCAUUAGGGCAAAAUGAUACGUGUAGGCAUGUAGGGCCUGAACUAACUGAAGGACCAGACCAUAUUUGGGUCCACUCUAUGUUUAAUUUUGAUUCAUCACACAAGACGCAGCAUCAUAAUGCAACCCAUAAUUUUCAUGAUACACCUGCAUUUGUUACUCUCAAAGAGAACACACCAUGCACUGCGAACAAAGAUGGCAAAUUAGAUCGAGAAAAGGCUUCAGCCCAAAUAACGGAACGUCUCAUCUGUACAUCUAGAACUUAUGGAGUAACUAUGCAAGAACCAAGUUGCACUGAUCAUACCAUGCCUCGUGUUACUGAAAUGCUUGACAGUUCAGAAAUAGAAACUAGACCUGCAACAAAGACACCAAUAGGAAUAUCUAUUGUACCAGAUAGUGUACUUUCUGCACAGCAAUCUUGUUCGUUAAUGGAAUCUAAAGAACUUGUAGAGUCUUCUAUGCCCAACACUCAUUUGAAACUUUCAACAUCUGGUACAGAUACAGUUGUUUCCAUACAGAAUGAUGAUCUUGAAAUGGUGGUAACAGAGAGAAAACGACAAGAGAAUACAGAAACAGAGAGAACCUGCACAUGGUCUCAGUGCAGUCUGCUGGGUGACGACGAGUAUCGCAGAAGGUAUGAUGGCAGUGGCAGUGCUUCAAGAGUGAACGCAACCAAGUGCAAUUCCUCAUCUAGCUUGGAGAAGAUAACCAUUUUUGGCACCGAACAGCUUAUUCUACAAUCAGAAGAAUUAUUUUGCCAUAGUCAAUCUUUUGAUAAGACAGAAUCCCAAACCUUCUCCGAUUCUUCUUGCCCUGCAGCUGUUUGUAAUUCCAGUAGUCUUUACAGACUAGCUGCUGGACCAUUGAAACAGGUACUGGAACCCAAGGCGGUGGUGGAAGGUUGUGCAUAUGUGGAAAAGAAUGACCCAGUAGACAAUAACUUGCUUAUUGAGAGCAUGAUUCUGGCACCCUCAUUAAUCCAGAAUGAGAGCAAACCCAUGUUGGAACUUAGUACAGUGCAAGAUAUGGAUCCAGGUAUUGUUCACUCAACUUUAAUGAAGGAUGGAAAUAGUCAAAUAGAACAAUCAUCUUUAGUACAUGAUAGAAGCAGACAAACUGUAAAACCCAUUGUAAUGCAGGGAAGUCUAGACAUAAGAUGUGCUGUAACCAAAGGAAAAGACAAUUGGGAUCUGAUACCCAGUUCAGUAAUAAAUGUUGACCUCCAGAAAGAAAAGAACCACUUGGAUCUGUUUAGGAAUGACAGCAGGUAUACUUCAACAGAAACUCUGUUACAGUCUGCAACCAACCCAUUGGAUUCUGAAACCAAGGUCAGUGAGCUCAAGACUCUCGAUGAUGAGCAUUUACACAUGGUGAACAGUAUGAUUUGUUCUGAAGAUUUCCAGGUGAUAAUUGAAGGUUCCUCUUCACAGGAACAAAACAUUGCGAGCGGCACUGUGCCUAACAAAGAAAAAGCAUGUGCAUCAAAAGGCAAAAGUAAUGAGAAAGAGAUGAGCAACAUUUUAUACAAUCCUGAUGUUGAAAAAUGCUUGAACUAUAAAAGCAUCCUACUUAAUGGUAACUCACAAGAUCAGCAGCAUAAUAACAAUGUACUUGCGGAAGAAAUCACUGUAUUAAAUUUACCUGCUUCUGGGCAAAGUGCUCCCAACCCUAUUAGUGAGAAACCUAAAAAAGGUGCCGAUGAAAGCAAGUUUUGGGAUGGAUUUAAUCGCGAUUACAAUAUUGCAGCAAAAUUGAAUAAAGCCUACAGUAUACUUCCAAAAAAACUCAACUUUCCUGCUGAAUCUACUUCAACGGGUCAUCUGCCACAGCUUUUUAUCAAAAAGCCUCAAGAUAUUAACAGGCUUGUUGAAGAAGGAUCAGAAAUGUCACGCAAUCCCAACGUAGAAAGAAUCCCUAUGAUGGAUACCAUGACAUGCCAACUAGAAACAGAAAAUCCACAGAUAAAUAAGAAUGGUUUGAAAACUAAAGUAAACCAAUCUAUCCAUGACUAUAAAGAAACAGAUGUAGCCAUUGACUUAUUAACAGCCCAAUGUAUUGAAGCAAACAGUAUAAGAGAAGAAAGAAUUAUAAGUGACCAUUUAUUAUUGGAUUAUGAAGAAAUUGGUGUUGGCAAUGUUAGUGCAGCAAAACUUGGCAAAAGUAAUAUGAUGGUAAAUAAUGCAGUUCAAGGAGACCUAUCUUAUUUUGACCACAACUUGCCAGCAGAUAUGACUGAAGAUUCAGGCACUGGAUUUUUGGAGGGAUCUAAAGAAUAUGAAGUCACUGUUGAAAAGCAGAUUAGUUCUGUGGGAACUUUCAAACAAGUUGUUCAGGGAACUGGCCAUGCAGAAGAAGAAUUGCUCAACAGGGGUGUUGAAGAUCAGGAGAGAAUUGUUUGCACAAAGUUAAUUCUAAGGGAUGGAGUAGCAUGUGACUAUCAAGGACAGAGCAAGUUAAAGGAAAACAGUGUUGUGAGUGAUACAGCAGAGAAAGUUGGCAACAAUUUUAGAACAACUGACAAUUAUUUUCAAGCUAUGUCUCUGAUAACCAGAAGAUCCAGUGUAGCAGAAACGGGUGGCAAUAUCAGAGCCGCCAGUGUCAACAUAGUAGAUAACUCCGAAGUCUGUGCACUUCCUACUUUACAGAAAAUCAAAACCACCUGUACACCUAAAUGUAGAAACAAAUCCAACAAAGUAAUAUUCUUUCAUAAUGAGGGCUUUGUAAAAUUGAAUGAGAAUGACAGAGGUGAAACAAGAGCAUUUCAAAAGGCGACAGAAGUGAAAGGAGACAGGAUGCCUGGGGGCUUCAGCUCUUCUAAAUAUUGCUUAGAACAAACUGGAGCAAGAAAAUGUUUUACAGAAAAUGAGGAUGCGGUUGGUGGAGCAGCUCGGGAGAGAUCUCAGUUAUGUGAUUGGACUUGCACAGAAGCAUGUGGCAUAACAGACACAUCAAGUGUGGCAUGUCAGAGCAAGAUCAAUGCUUCUUGUGAUGCCAAUCAUACAAGAAAUGCAGCAGGACAAGCCAAGCAAGAGACCUUUAUGGUGGCUCAGAGUAUUGUGAUGGAAAACAAGAACCAUCUAGAAACAGAGCUCAGCACUGAAACAGUCUUAAACCAAACACAGUCAAAGUACGAUUGUGAACUUCAAGUGGGAACUGAUUUCUUAACAUAUCCAACUGAGAGGAAUGAAAUGUUGACAGAUAUCAUUCAGGAAAGGUGCAGAUUGUGUAUUGAAUCUAACCAGGAAGGAAAUGAUGUAGAGUUAAUUCAAGACAAUAACCUAAUUGUUGAAUUUGAGGGCAGAACUAAUGAUAAGUAUAUCCCUGAUAUAAAUUAUGUAACAGAAGCUGUAGAUAAUCAAUCACCGCCCAUGAUGGUUGACUGUACUCCAGAUCUAAAGGAGAUCACUGAACCUGCAUGUGUACCUAAAGGUGUUAUCAAUAUGAUCACUAAAAAUACAAUGACUAAAAAUUAUGAAAAUGUCAAGGGUUUAGCUAAUAGUAAAAACUCAGUGGAAACCAGAGAUAGAGUUGAACAAAAUGGAAGACCUCUCUUAAGUUACAAUGACAGUCAAGAAACCAAAAUGGCUACCUGUCAGCUAGUGGAAGGAUCGAUACCACACUUGGGCACUAACAACAGAUCCCAGUUGUCUCCAAGAUCUGUUGAAGAUACUAAAAAUAUGAAAAUAAUGGGCACAAAUUCAAAAGAAUCUCCAAUCAGAAAGGAUAUGUGUGAAGAAAAAAUGCUAAGCUUCAGCAGAGCUGAAACUGAACAUCGAGACUCCAUCAAAAAUCCUCAUACAGUUAGUAGAAGCAGAACCUGCACUUUUAAUGAUCAGAGAGCAGACAGCUUUCAUAGUUCUGCAUUUACAGCACAUGAAAGUGAAGUUAGACAAAUAUUUGCAGACAGAUAUUCACAGGAUAUGCCACAGAGAGAUGUCACCACAGUGGCAAUAGGAGAUGAAGUUGAGAGUGAGAUAAAUAAGCAGUACUGUCCAAAGAUUUCUAAAUUUAUAAAAUCAGCAAUGAGUUUUAUGAAUACCUCUAGCAAUGAAGAACAAAAGGUAUUGCAAGAGAAAAUGUUGUCUGUGAUAGAAAACUCAGACAGUGAGGCACUUCAAAAGACAGAGAUGUUUGAAAUGGUUCAUGAUGGUCAUGAAAGCUGUUUUAUAGCUUCACUGUGUGAUGUGGGUAGACAUUCAUUAAACAAUCAGCAUCUGUGGACAAGUCAGGAAUGUACACAAACAAGAAGAUUAGAGAAUCAUGCAACCAUGGAUUUGAAAAUAUUGCCAGGUCCUCCAAAGAACAACUUAAUGGCUGAUUCUGUGGAAAGUAAUUUGAUCUCCAGUAAUGGUUCUGCAACUGAUGAGAAUUUUCAUUUGAGGAGGAGACUGAACCACAAAUUGUCUUGUGAAAAUAUUGCACAGCAACAGUUGGCUGAAAGCAGAGCUAUUACUGACACAGUCACGUGUUCAAAGGACACUCCUUUACUGCAAACCAAUGACCAAAGUGUGUCAUAUGAAGAGACAGUGUCAAUUUCAAAGCCAGCAGGAACCAUUCAAGACACAGGUAGCUCACAAUCAAAGAGGAAUAUGAUUGAAAGGCAAAGCACAAGUGAUGGUGUGGUGUCACCUCAGUCCUGUCUCUUUAAAGACAAUCAGUCCUGUCUCUUUAAAGACAAUCUUCAGGAAAUUGAUGAAGAAAAAGCCAGUGCAGGUGACUGCCAAAUUAACAGUUCUGUCUGCAAGAUGCAAGAGUGUUCAGCAGCAGGGACAUUGCCAAGUCAGGAUAUAGUUUUAAAGGAGGUGGUAGGUAGACACAUAAUGUGGUACCAACUUGACGCAACAGCUAUUUCUAAUAUGAGCGAUUUUCAGGCUGACCCACAGGCAGCGGAAGCAUUAGUACAUUCAGACCAGACCAGGCUUGCUGACCACCAUUUGAUGAAAACUAGUGAUGGGGCAGUCGCUAAUCAAAAGCAGAAAACUUCUGAAAACAUUGUUUAUUCAGAUCUAAUUAUGGAAAAUUUAGGUUCUGUAGAUACCAUGACUUUACCUCAAAAGCACAAUGUUUUUAAAAGCCAUCAAUCACCCUUGUUUUUACACAAUCAGAAUACAUACAAUAUAUGUUUUCCAGCCUCUGGCUUAAAUGUUGAAAGCCAAACUGAAGUUAUUAAAAGUUCUCCGCAAGAUAUUUCCCAGUUGGAUGGAAGUCAGACUGUACAUGGGAAAUUUGAAGUAUUGCCGGCAAGGCCAUUUGCCCAUCAGCAUGAAGAAUCAUGUACAAGCAGGUGCACGUCAUCCAAAUCUGUCCCAGCGAAACAAGAUGAAGAAGAGGUCCAAACUGAACAGAAAUUGCAUCUCCACAAAGAAAACACAAUUGAAACUCAGACACUAGGGGGUGAUGCAAAGCAUGUUGUCAUGCCUAGAUCAACUGGGUCAAGCUACUUGGAAAACAUGUUGGGUUCUGAGCUGUUAAAGAAGCACCCUGCAGCAAGAAGGGAUCAGGACCAGGCCCACAUUCAAGGGCUCCAGCAAUCUGUUCAAGAGCAAUCUUCAAGCAUCACUGCAUUGUCACCAUCUUAUCUGUUAAAGGCAGGAAUUAAGUGCCAUGAUAUUCAUUUCUCAAAUGCUGACUGUGUAAAUACAUUCAAACCACAAUGCUUCAUUGAAUCGUUUGGGCACCAGAAACAAGCUGCCUUGUUUUGCAGAAGGGGAAGGGAAGAUUCUUCUGUGAGUUUGGUUGUCGGAGAUCUUGUUGGGAUGGGUACUUCAGAGCUAACUGCGAAUUCUUCAAACUUGCAUGUAACAAAGUCAAAACAACCUUUAAAACGUAGAGAAAAAUCCAUUACAGCUGAUAAUAAGAUGACUUCUGAAACAGUUGGGUGUGCUAAAAACCACAAUGAUAAAGAUAUACCUGACUCAACAAAUAAUGAGUCAAUGAGGAAGGAGGUAAGUGGUAGUGAAAGGUAUGAAGAAGCACAGUUACUGCUGAAGAAUGAACUGAGUACUUUUAAGCAAGAACUAUUUCACAAUGGAAGCACACUAUCAGUGGAUCACUGCAACAAAAAUCAUGAAGUCUUAGCUAAUGUAAUGGAAGAAAGGAAAUCCACGUGCCCCACUGAAGUUGACUUCAUACCUCAAUACGUACUUGUGCGCAGUAACAAGGCCAAUGUCCAAACCAGGAUUCAGAAAGCAGUUGAGACUGCUACGUCAGAAUGUAAAUCAGAAAUGCACCACAGUGACAGACUUAUAAAGUUGUGCACCCCUGUCCAUCAGACCCAUGUAGAAGAACAGCCAGUAGCACAUUUACAACAGACUCAGAAUCAGUUGACUCCUGAACAUAAUCUUAGAAUCAAAUCCAAAUUGCAAAUAAAGGGUCUGUACAAUACUUGUGCUCCAGCUGAAACUGCUGAAACAUACAACAAAUUUUCCUCUCAAGAAAGUAAUGAUCUGCCACAUGGCAGUGAUCUGAGUUCUGACAUUUAUGAACAGAAUGAGGAUUCAGUCCUACAGUGCAAACAGAUUAAAGAAUUAGGUUCUCAGUCACAUGAAAGCAGUAAAUACACAGAAAUGGAUGGCGCUUGCCAUACCACGGAUCUCGUGGUACUUUCAGAUUCUUGCAACAGUAGUUGUUCUGCAUACUCUUUGGUAACCCAAGUCAAUGAGGUGGAUACUGAAGGACUUGGUUCUUCCAAUUCAGAAUUUUUGUAUGGUUCAGUUACAAGAUCUAGCACAAAUACAACUAGUGCUCUAAAGAAGAAAUCACAAAGGCUUAAAAAAAUGAAACCUAAGCCAAGUGCAGACAAAACAAAGGACUCAUCGAGCUCAGGUGAAGAAAUUGACAUUGAAUUCCUUUCACUUAAAGAGCUUCGAACCAGACAAUGUGGGAGGGAUAUCAACAGGUUGCAGUCAUAUGUUUGUAAAUGCAAAGAGUCAAUGAGUACAACUAGGACUAAACUAGAAAGUCACCAAGAAGAAGUGAGGGUACCAUUACUGAAACAGAGACAGUCAGCACCAGUUGUCCAUUUGUCUUCACCCAAUGUUGACCUCCUGUUGCAAGGUUCCAGUGGGCACAUUCCUGCUGCAGCGCUGAUCACCAAACCUUUGGAUACAUUAAACCCAAGUGAUGUUCCAGCAUCACCAUAUGGAGAACAGGGUGUAUACCAAAUGGAAGCAUGUGCAGAAAUAGACAUGGAUAGAAAACGUGGACAGAAACUAAAUCUUGAGUCUGAGCUUGCAAGAGAGAGGGUUUCAGUCAAUACCGAUUCACACAUUUCUACUAGUUAUGCAGUAGCCCAUUCCAGGGUCACUUUACCUUGUAAUCAAGGACAGAUUAAUCAGUCAGUCAAUCAGCAAAGUGAUGAUUGUUGCAGCACAACAACAUUUGAUGAAUUUCAUCCAAGAAACUUUACUGAAGGAAAACUCAAAGACCAGCAGUUUGCUGAAGUAGAAUUGAACUCCCAUAAAAUGAAAGAUCCAAUGCAUUUUGCUUCCAGUGAUAUUAAUCCAUUCAUCCAUCAGCAGGAAAGCAAUGAAUUGAGCAGAGCCAAUUGGAAACAGUGUGCUUUUGGAAGUGCAAGCAAUGUGUCCAAUGUCCAAUCAAAACUAAGUCAUCCUGGUAGUGUUAUGAGAUGUUCCAGUGUUGGUAAUGGAUUGAAUGUUCAAAAUUCCCCCUUUAAUUCACAUUUAAGUUGUUUUGUCAAUACAAGAGCAAUAUCUGACACGCUAAGUGAUGUAAGUGACUUCCAAGGGGAGACUUUUGAAGCUGCAUACCCUGACCCUGGUAACCUUGAUGGGGAUACCUAUCAAAGUUCAUCCAUGGCUGCUUCAUUCUUCCGAUCAUCACAAUCUCCAAGUUCUAAUUCUGAAUUUGAAAAAGCUAGAUCACAAGUUGAGGAGACUGUGCUUCUUUAUCCGAUAGAGUCUUUGGUAAAGUCAUCCUCUAAUGGGACUUUGAAAUUGACCUGCAACCAAGAAACACAAACAUCAGGUGAAGUGAAACACCAAAAACUGUGGAAACACCAGAGAAGCUACACCCAAACGCCAAUGCAGACACCCACGCAACAAGGUCCCUGGUCAAAUCUUCAGAACCUUUCUGCCCAUCUUUCACAUCUUCUUCAUAGCACCACAGAGCUAUUGGGUAAUAUCCAUCCAAAUGCAGACCAUUCAAAUGAAACCACUUUGCCAUCUAAUCAAAAGAGUGGUACAUCAGGAACAACCAGAACAGCAGACAGUUGUACCCAGACAGCAGUGGAUGUAGCCAUUCAGACAGAAAUACUGUCUAAUAAUAUCAACAAAGAUAGCCAGGAAAAUCCAAGAAAGGAAAUGCAGAGACAUUCAGAGUUUAAUGUCAUUGUAAAAGUGAUUGGUUCAGAUGUUAAUGUGUCUCAAGAACACACUAAUGUGACAUUAACACUGCAGGAACGACAACAGAACAAUGCUGUGUCAGAUCUCGAUAUUCAUCAAGCUAUUUUGAGACAAUCGCUUUGUUCUCCUUUCACGGAAGGUGGAAAUUUAUCUGUCAGGACGUCAACCCCUGCCUCAUUAGAUGCUCAGAAAUUGGUAGCAAACUCUUCACAACUUUCUUCAUUCAGUCCAGGCAUUUCACCAGUCGCAGCAUCAUCACAGACAUCAAGAGACUGUGACCUCACACAAGGUACAAGUAUCAGCUCUUUGAAAAGUUCAUCAGAAUUUUCAAAAAUGGAAACUAAUUAUCCUAGUCUCUCCGAAGAUAGAAAAAUGAAUAGCUUUGCACAAGGUCUCCAAGCUGGACAAGAAUCUAUUUCAGCUGAUAUAAAGUCAACUGUCCUGGUGGACCGAGCAUCAUCUCCUAUUCAAACAUUCGAAGCUGGGUCAGGAAACCAGAGGUCCCGUAGCAAGUCUUUUCUGUACCUUCAAGGUGGAGAGCCACGCAAACAUUCUGUAUAUUGGCAAAGAAAGCAAAGGCCUGCUUCUUGGUAUGGUUUUAAUGAGAAACAGCAACAAAAGAUUAAUUCCAUACAAAUGGAGUCAGAAGGUGAGCAGAAGAUGGAAAUAAAUGGUGUACCUUUGGUUCUGUUGCAUGAGCAAAGUAAAUUUACACCAUGUGAUUUGUCAUGCUCAGCUAAACUAGACAGCGAAGCAGAUCCACAGGAUGGAGUUCAAUCUAAUUCAGUUCGAUCAUCUGUGAGGCCAGAAGCAGCAAAGGCUUGCAAUGAACAUCACAAUUGGCAGCAUGAAAAAAAUGUGAUGAGAUUAGGUCAUGUUGUUAAACAAGCACCACUUUGUAACUCAACACAGUCCAAAGAAAGUAAGCCACAAUUGAUUCUUCAAAACAUUCAGAUGCUCUCUACCUCAAACAGUGAUGGAAGAAAACAGACAAAUUAUUCUGCUUUUCCACCAACAUUUCAUAAUUCUCCACUGGCUUCCUUUCCUCCCACUCUUAGUAAAAUCAAUGAUGGUACCACAAGGCUAUCUAGAAGAAUCUUUCAUAGAUCUUCCAGUAUGUCUUCCAUGCAGCACAGCCCUCUUUCUGAAAAUAGGAAAAACCCCCAUGAACAAAAUGGCAGAAUAUCACAGGAUCAAACUCCACACCAAGAUGAUUCCAUGAGUGAUUGUAAUUCUAUGUUAGGUGCAUCCAUAAUGAGUGAAGACACUAUCGAAUUUGCCGCUGAAGAUGCCCAAUCCUUAGUUUCAAGUGGCUGCAACACAGAAGUGCUUCUGAAUGAGAACCCCUCCGCACCUGGCUGCAACAGGUCACCAAUGUCCAAUCUGAGGACAGAGAACUGCAGAGGCCCAGAAGACUUACCCUUGCACAACAAGUUCUGCAACUGGUCUGGGGUACACUAUAGUCCUCUGUCAACAACAAAUUGUAUUAGCGCAACCACCAGUUCACACAGACAGACAGAGCAAAAGCAAACUAGAGACAGAGUUACAGAAAUGGUGGGCUUCAAAUCAGAGGUUCAGGAUGAAAGGCAGAAGGAAAUUGAGAGCUUGCGCCAAGAGCGCGCUCAGAUCAUGUCAGGAAUUUACCUGGACUUUAACCAGCACCAAUUGACGGUGGAACUCACCGAAGCAAAGCUGAAUUAUGGCCUGGGGGAAACAGAUGCUUUGUUAAGAAUACUUCAAGGUGGAGCAGCAGAUGACUUAAAUGUUCCUAUAAGGCAGCAGCUUUAUGACAGACACAUGAAAACCAUAGAGACCUUGAGAAAGGAGAGAGUUGAAAAACUACAGAAAUUCAGAAGGACUCGUAGCCUGAGCCCACAGAAACAUAUAACUUUACGCUGCCAAAAGAAUCCAACCACAUCCCAUCAUGAACAAGAUCUCCCAAGCAAGUGGAGGAACUACCUGCAGCGGUUACGCCAGGAUGUUGUGGAAAACACACGAACUCAAGCAGUUGUCAAGGGUAGAGAGGAAACCACUUCAGAGAUUGAGUAUCUACUUAGAGAUUAUCAGAAGGCUCGAGAGGAAGCAAAAGUGGAAAUAGCAAAGGCAAGAGAUAAGCUACGUGUAAGGGCUGAGAAGGAGAAAUGCCGUUUGCAACAGCAGAUGAUCUCGCAAUUAUUGAAGGAGGAAGGAAGGGUGAAGAAUGUAGCUAGCCGAAGCAGCCUGUGCACGGGGUCAAAUCUUAGUCUGUCUUCCAAUCCCACAUCAGGCUACAGCAGCAGCAACACAGCCUUACCUGACACCAACCCCCAAACCAAGAACAAAAGUAGCACCGAUCCCAUGAUACCCAGUAGAGGGCGCACAGCAUAUCGAAGUUUGCAGGUUAAUGUAACAGAACAUUCGGCAACAGGAAUCGUUCAAAGUUUCCAUGCAGCUUCCUGUCCACCAGUUGAAUCAAUUACAGGGAACAGUGAAAAAGGCAGCAGUCACACAGCAAGUUCCAACUGCCUUAAAAAAUACCAGGAUUUGGCAACACACACUAUAGCUUCUGUUAAAGCUGAGAUCAUGGUGGCAUCUGUCAACAAUCUCAGAAACCUUCUUAAUGGCAAAUCAGCAGCUGGAUGGAGAUACCACUGCACCGAAAAAGGGAUCCUAAUGUUCUACAAGCAGUACACCUCCCCAACCAAACAUGGCUUUAUGGGUGUUGGCCUGAUUGAGAAACCAUUGCACUGUGUUUGGUGCAUGGUGAAAGAUCACAGUAAGAGGCAGCUGUAUGACAGGACAAUAAAAACUGUGGAAAUACACCGGCAGCUGGGAAAUGGUAUUGAGCUUGUUUAUCUUGUGAAUGACACCUCUGUAUGCUACCUCAACCAGCCCAGGGACUUCUGCUGCAUCAGUGUGGAGGCAAAAGAGGACCAGCAGUACAUUCUGGCAAUGCAGUCAAUCUAUGAAGAAUCAAUGCCUCGGCCUGUGAAGGAGUUUGUACGAGGGGAAAUGAUGCCAAGUGGCUGGAUUCUACAGCCUGACAGACAUAAUGGAAAGGAAGUAACAAGACUUAUCUACUUGACUCAGGUUGAUCUUGGUGCUCCUGCUCUCCCUGCCAGACUGUUGGGGUCAGUUGCCAAGCAACAGCCUUUGUGCAUUGCCAACCUUGCCAGCUUGCUCUCCUGCUGACUUUAAGACAGGUACUGUAGAUCCAGGGUACUGUAACAGAGCAGCCUCCCCUCUGCAUUUCUAAUCUGGCCAGACUUGGUUACCUGGCCACCUAUUUCAUGAACAAAUUUGGAAUACUUGUGUAUUUUGAGUAGCAUGUAAGGUUGUGUAUGAUAUAUACAGUUUUGUACAGAUUGUUGUAUUGUAUAAUUGAACUGAAGCUAUUUGCAGUUACUGACUCAGUCCCUCAAAGUUAAAGACAAUCCUUGCUAGUGAGCAAGUCACACCACGUCUAAGUAGCUUAAUACAAGUUGUUCCAGGUUUUUCUAUUAAAUGUACAGUUAAGAUUUUUAUUUUUGUAUGCAAAAUCAAAUGCCCAAAUUGAACUUAUUUAUAUAUAUAUAUAUAUAUAUAUAUAAACUGAAGCAUUUUAUACAGUUAAUUCCAUAGAUUCUGACAAAUACAGUUUCAGAAUUGUCUGAGCAUUAAAUAGUAAUGACCAGAAAUUGUUUUGAUUUUAAAUAUACAGUUUGUUGAAGUAAAA